UGUUGUUUUGGGUACAACGAUUGAAUAAUAGUGGGCAAUAAUUGUUCCGAUACCGCGUGCUAGACCGAUGCCGACGUACGAAUUAUCCAUGAUUUUGCGCCAAAUGUCCAGGCCGGACAUGAUUGCGACCCUAAAACGGACAGCAACGGCAAUCUUCGACAAGGGGGGUGUCAUACGGAAGUUGGACAAUCUUGGCACGAAACCUCUACCGUUCAAAACCAGUUCUCAUGGUGUCGUCCACCGGAGCGGCUCGUAUUUUGUGUUCAGAUUCGACACCCCACCAUCGGCGAUCGAGGAUCUCGACGAGGAGUACGGGCGCGACGUCGACAUCGUCCGAAAGCGCAUCUAUCUGGCCGAUUUCACGCAGCAGCAAGAGAUCACCUGCACGCUUCACGAAGAGCUGCUACCGCCAGCGUACCGGAAGGAUGUGCAGAAAAUGAUCCGUACGGCCGAGCGGAGUAAAACGAAGAAAGUUUUCCAAUACAACACCGGGCUGGAUUACUAUCCGUUCCAGAAGUAAACGGCACGUGGCGGUUCCUAGGCAAGGUUUUAGCAAUAAUCUGUAAUUUACAACUUUUAUUGUUUCCAGUAAUCGUAACAUUGACCAUGUUUUCUUUUGUGUUUGGAAAGAAACACCGAAAAAGACCGUUUGCGGUGGAUAAGCUCAACCCGUUUGGCUGAGGGCACAAUAAGAAAUGAAAUGCAAGUUUGUCCUGGUUCUGGUUUCUGGUUGUAACUUUUAGAAUAGGGUUGACAUUACCCUAAAACCUACCUAACCUACUAGCAGACCGUAGCCCUGCAGAAAACGUUUGUUUUCACACGAAUGAAACUGCCUCCAUGCCCUGCGAUGCAACCUGGAGUCGGGCUUCCUUUCG